CUCCAGCAGCAGCACGGGGAGAAGCCCCACAAGUGCUCGGAGUGCGGGAAGAGCUUCACCAAGAGAUCCCUGCUGAGCUCCCACAGCAGAAUCCACAGCGGGGAGAGACCCCACGAGUGCGGGGAGUGCGGGAAGAGCUUCAGGACGAGCUCAGGGCUGAGCGAGCACCGCAGGAUCCACACGGGGGAGAGGCCCCACGAGUGCCAGAAAUGCCACAAGAGGUUCCAAACCCGCUCCUCGCUCCUCGUGCACCGGAGGAUCCACACGGGCGAGAGACCCUUCCCCUGCCCCGAGUGCGGGAAGAGCUUCAAGCGGAAUUUCCACCUGACCGUGCACCGGCGCAUCCACAGCGGGGAGAGACCCUUCGAGUGCCAUCAAUGCCCCAAGAGCUUCCACACCAGCUCCUCGCUCCUCCUGCACCUCCGCACCCACACGGACGAGAGGCCCUUCCGCUGCUCCGAGUGCCGCAGGGGCUUCAACCAAAAAUCCGCCCUGGUCACUCACCUGAGGAUCCACAGCGGGGAGAAACCGUUCGCGUGUCCCCAGUGCGGGAAGAGGUUCAGGACAAGCUACGAGGUGACCACGCACCGGAAAAUGCACAGCAGGGAGAGGCUCCAGGAGGGUCCUGAGCGUGGGAAGAGCUUCAGGAACAGCUCCGACCUCGUCUCCCACCAGAGGCUCCACAGCGGGGAGAAGCUCCACGACGAGGAGAAGCUCCAGGAGGGUCCUGAGCGCGGGAAGAGCUUCAGGAACAGCUCUGACCUCGUCUCCCACCAGCAAAUCCACAGUGAGAAGAAGCUCCAUGAUGAGGAGAAGCUCCAGGAGGGUCCUGAGUGCGGGAAGAGCUUCAGGAACAGCUCCGACCUCAUUUCCCACCAGCAAAUCCACAGUGGGGACGGGGAGAAGCUCCAGGAGGGUCCUGAGCGCAGGAAGAGCUUCAGGAACAGCUCCGACUUCGUCUCCCACCAGCAAAUCCAUAGCGAGAAGAAGCUCCACAACGAGGAGAAGCUCCAGGAGGGUCCUGAGUGCGGGAAGAGCUUCAGGAACAGCUCCGACCUCAUUUCCCACCAGAGGCUCCACAGUGGGGACGGGGAGAAGCUCCAGGAUUGUCCUGAGUGCGGGAAGAGCUUCAGGAACAGCUCCAAACUCAUCUCCCACCAGCAAAUCCACAGCAGGGAGAAGCUCCACAACGAGGAGAAGCUCCAGGAGGGUCCUGAAUGUGGGAAGAGCUUCAGGAACAGCUCCGACCUCGUCUCCCACCAGCAAAUCCACAGCGGGGAGAAGCCCCAGGAGUGUCCCCAGUGCGGGAAGAGCUUCAGGCGCAUCUCCAACCUCAUCACCCACCUGAGGACCCACAGCGAGGAGAAGCUCCACGAGUGUCCCGAGUGCGGGAAGAGCUUCAGGAACAGCUCCAAACUCAUCUCCCACCAGAGGAUCCACAGCGGGGAGAAGCCGUACGAGUGUGACAAGUGCGGGAAGAGCUUUCGGCUCGUGUCCCUUCUCUUGAAGCAUUUUGGGAGCCACAGGGAGGAGAGGCCUUUCCGCUGCCCCCAGUGCGGGAAGGGAUUCAAGCUCGAGUGCACCCUCAGCGUCCACCGGCGCUCCCACGGCGAGGAGAGACCCCACGGGUGCGAGAAAUGCGGGAAGAGCUUUCACACCCGCACCACGCUCCGGCAGCACCUGCAGGUGCACAGCGGGGAGAGGCCCCACCGCUGCCCCCGGUGCGGGAAGGGAUUCGCUCGGAAAUGCUCCCUGGUGAGGCACCGCAGGAUCCACAGCGGGGAGAAACCCUACGAGUGUCCCCAGUGCGGGAAGGGAUUCGCGCAGAGCUCCAACAUGAGCCGGCACCGGCGGAGCCACCAGGGAGGGGAGAGCUGUGGCCCCCGCCGGUGAUCCACGGUGAUCCACGGUUAUCCUGGGUGGUUCCUGGUGAUCCACGGUGAUCCAUGGUGGUUCCUGGUGAUCCACGAUGAUCUGUGUUGGUUCCUGGUGGUCCCUGGUGGUCCCCAGUGAUCCAUGGAGAUCCAUGGAUGAGCCCCACAGAUGAUCCAUGGUGAUCCGUGGUGAUUCCUGGUGAUCCGUGGUGGUUCCUGGUGAUCCCUGGUGGUCCCUGGUGGUCCCCAGUGAUCCGUGGAGAUCCGCGGAUGAGCCCCACGGAUGAGCCAUGGUGAUCCCUGGUGGUCCCUGGUGAUCCCUGGUGAUCCUGGGUGACCCUGGGUGGUCCCCGGUGAUCCGUGGAGAUCCACGGAUGAUCCCCGGUGAUCCAUGGUGAGCCCUGGUGAUUCCCGGUGAUCCCUGGAGAUCCGCGGAUGAGCCCCAUGGAUGAUCCCUGGUGAUCCGUGGUGAUUCCCGGUGAUCCGUGGUGAUCCCCGGUGAUCCCUGCCGGGAACGCUCCUGCCCGGGGGUCUCCGGCUCUCCGGGGCCUGCGUUUCCUUCCUGCUGCUCUUUGUGCUUCCAAAAUCCCCAAAA